GACAAUUUCUACAACAACCCUUUCAAGGCGCAACACAACAGCAGCAAUGGCGCCACCAACACAGAAGCCGUCAGGCUCAAAAUCCAAGAAGCCAAGUGCGAAAGCCAACCAGGCUGCCAAAGCUACCCUCAAGGGCGUGCACGCCAACAAGGCCCGCAAGAUCCGCAAGUCGACUUCGUUCCACAGACCAAAGACCCUCGUCCUCUCAAGAUCUCCCAAAUACCCACGAAAAUCCAUCCCUCAUGAGACCCGACUUGACCACCACAAGAUCCUCAUCCACCCUCUGAACACCGAGAGCGCCAUGAAGAAGAUCGAAGAGAACAACACCCUGGUCUUCAUCGUCGACACCAAGGCCAACAAGCAGCAGAUCAAGGACGCGUUGAAGAAGUUGUACGACGUGGACACUGUCAAGAUCAACACCCUGAUCCGACCUGAUGGUACCAAGAAGGCAUUCGCCAGAUUAACGGCGGAUGUGGAUGCCUUGGACAUUGCGGCCACGAAGCUGUCGAUUGUGUAAAGUUGAGGGGAAAGUGUGACCAGGGUUUGGCGAUGAGUUGACGGGGCGAAUCUCCUGCUUUCUUUUUGCGUCCGCGGAUGGAAAACAUUGCUCGAGCAUGACUUAUCCAGUGGGAAGAAAAUUUCAAAGCGGCUCGACAUAGAAUCAGUCGAAGCAUGAUCAUGACUCAAAGUCAGGUGUUGCAUCCGAAUAAUGCAGAAGAAAAAAAAUCCAUUUAUGAGCAGAAAUUCUUUUGGUCAUUACGAAGGCCGCUGCGAUUCAUGUGCCUUUUGCCAAACGAGAUAUGGUGUUGUUACAAGUGCU